AUGGCACCGGACGCAGCAGCACUCUCGCAGCCUCCUCACUCGGGCACCAGGCAGGACCAGGACGCAGAGUCGUUCGGGUUCGAGAAGGGAGACUUGGCCGCACUCGUCACGCCACCCAAGUUCGACUCGCUCGAAGACGAGAGGCAGUACUUGAAGGAACGCAUCGCACUCGCAUGCAGGAUCUUUGCUCAGUACGGACUCGACCACCACAUCGCUGGCCAUCUCACCGUCCGCGUUCCGGGCGAGCCCGACUCGUUCUACGUCAACCCAUUCUCGCGCAGCUUCAAGUUGAUGGAUGCCGAGGAUAUCAUCACCGUCUCGCACGAGGGCGACGUGAUUGGCGGUGGAAAGCCUGGGCGUAGGGUGGUCAACAAGGCUGGGUUCUUGAUCCACUCCUCCAUCCACAAAGCCCGCCCGGACGUCCAGGCGAUCUGCCACUCGCACUCGCCAUACGGCAAAGCCUGGUCAACUCUCGGCCUUCCCCUCGAAUACACAACGCAAGACUCGUGCGCCUUCUACGGCCGCCAAUCCGUCCUCGACUCGUUCGGCGGCGUGGUCCUCUCGAAAUCCGAGGGCGCGCGGAUCGCUGAAAAGUUGGGAGAUGGGGUGUUGGUCGUCUUGCAGAACCAUGGGUUGUUGACGGUCGGCCACACGAUCGACGCAGCCGUCGCACGCUUCAUCCUCGCCGAAGAACAAUGCCGCGUCUCUCUCCUCGCGCACGGGGCCGCCCAGUCACUCGGGACGAAAGUCAUCCAGAUUGCGGACGAGGAGGCAAAGUUUACGAGCAACCAGGGGGAGGAACCAAUUGCUUACUUUAUGGCCUCGGGCUACUUUGAGGUUGCGGAGCACCUCUGGGGUGAGGAGGUGAGGGCGAAGAGGAACUAG